CAACAACAACCACAGAAGCAGCAACGACAACCACAGCUGCAGCAACGACAACUACAGCUGCAGCAACAACAACCACAGCUGCUCCGACAACCACAGCUGCUCCAACAACAACCACAGCUGCCCCAACAACAACCACAGAAGCAGCAACAACCACAGCUGCUCCAUCAACAACCACAGAAGCAGCAACGACAACCACAGCUGCAGCAACGACAACCACGGCUGUUCCAACAACAACCACAGCUGCUCCAACAACAACUACAGCUGCUCCAACAACAACCACAGCUGCUCCAACGACAACCACAACUGCAGAAUCAACAACCACAGCUGCCCCAACAACAACCACAGCUGCAGCAACGACAACCACAGCUGCUCCAACAACAACCGCAGAAGCAGCAACGACAACCACAGCUGCUCCAACGACAACCACAGAAGCAGCAACGACAACCACAGCUGCAGCAACGACAACCACAGCUGCCCCAACAACAACCACAGCUGCAGCAACGACAACCACAGCUGCUCCAACAACAACCACAGCUGCAGCAACGACAACCGCAGCUGCCCCAACAACAACCACAGCUACAGCAACGACAACCACAGCUGCCCCAACAACAACCACAGUUGCUCCAACAACAACCACAGCUGCCCCAUCAACAACCACAGAAGCAGCAACGACAACCACAGCGGCUCAACCGACAACCACAGCUGCAGCAACGACAACCACAGCUGCCCCAACAACAACCACAGAAGCAGCAACUGCAGCAACGACAACCACAGCUGCCCCAACAACAACCACAGCUGCCCCAACUGCCCCAACAACAACCACAGAAGCAGCAACGCAAACCACAGCUACAGCAACGACAACCACAGCUGCCCCAACAACAACCACAGAAGCAGCAACAACCACAGCUGCCCCAUCAACAACCACAGAAGCAGCAACGACAACCACAGCUGCAGCAACGACAACCACGGCUGUUCCAACAACAACCACAGCUGCUCCAACAACAACUACAGCUGCUCCAACAACAACCACAGCUGCCCCAACAACAACCACAGCUGGUCCAACGACAACCACAACUGCAGCAUCAACAACCACAGCUGCAGCAACGACAACCACAGCUGCUCCAACAACAACCGCAGAAGCAGCAACGACAACCACAGCUGCUUGAACCUGUCUUCCAAAGGACAUUCUCUUCCUCCUUCAGGUCCUUGACAGUGGUGGCAUUCAGCAGUGGAUCAGUCAUCAACACCAUGGACCUUAGCUUUGUAAGCACGUUUGCUCCUAAUAACACUCAGAUUGGAAGUGCUUUGAUCAACGCAGCUUCAAGCGUCAAUGGCUUCGACAUUGAAGGCAGCUCCAUCAACCUUCGGGUGGAGUAA